AUGUCGGAUUUUGAAGACGAUAUUGACGACCAGCUCUUGGAACUUGCUGGCGCCACAGAGAAGAAAAAGAAAAGGAGGCAGCAGCACUCGACCGGUAGUGCGGGAAGUGGGAAGGGUAGUGGCGGAAAGAGUUUGAAACGAAAAGAGCGUAUGGAUAGUGAUUCCGAAAAUGACGUUGAGAGCGAGGACGACAUGCAGGACCCAUACCCCCUAGAAGGCAAAUACAAGGACGAGGCAGACAAACGGGAAUUGCUCGCAAUGACCGAGUUCCAGAGGGAACAAGUUCUGGAGGAGCGCGCAGGGGAGAGGCAGCGCAUCCAGAACGCGCGUAUGCUCGCCGACCUGGUGCGGCAGCAGCGAGGCGGAUCAGGCGACGACAGUGUGUCUCGGGCGGCGAAGCGUCAACACACACAGCGCGGCGCCACAAAGGAGAAAUCUAACAAACUGGAUGAGUUGAAGGCGAAGAGGAAGGCUAAAGAUGAUAAGAAACGCUCAAAGGUCAACGGCUCUCCAUCCCAGAGAGAGCGAUCAUCAUCACCGCAGGACAUGGAAAUAUCUGCGUCCGAAUCGGAAGAUGGGCAGAUCACCAAAACAGAGCAGGAGGAGGAACGGCUUAUGAACGCGUACGAUUCACAGAGAAAUCGGCGCACCUCGUCCAAGGAGGACUCCGCAGAUACUCCAUGCAACAUGAGCGAUUUGGAAAGUUGCAGGCUUUCGAGAGAUGUAUUGGCAAAGCAUUGUCUUAAGCCAUGGUUCCAGGAUUACGUGACAGGCGCAUGGGUCCGUUAUCUCAUUGGUCAGGAAAAUGGACAACCUGUUUAUAGGAUAUGCCAAAUCAACAAUUUGGCCUCGGACCUUGUUAAGCCUUACAAGAUUAAUGAGGUGACGACUAACCAGGCAUUUGAACUCAAGCAUGGCAAAAGCAUUAGAUCUUUCAACAUGGAUAAAGUCUCGAACGGACCGUUCGUAGAUAAAGAGUAUGACAGACUCAAGAAAGUUUGUCAGGCAGAGGAUGUCAAGCUACCGACAAAACUAGCUCUCGAGAAGAAAAUUGCGCAGAUGCAAAGGCUUGUUUCGCAACCGAUGACAGAGGCCGACAUUACUGCGAUGCUGCAACGCAAAGCACAGUUGCAAGGGAACAAGAAUGCGGGACUGUCCACUCUGGAGCGAUCCACUCUGCUUCAGAAGCGCACACUGGCUGAACGUCGACACGAUUACGCCGAAGUCGCAGAGAUUGAGGCGCAACUUGCGCAGCACGCUGCCAACACUCCUGAGCCAGUGAGAAACGACAACACGGCCGAUCUGCUGGCAAAGGUGAAUGAGCGCAACCGCAAGGCGAAUAUGGAGUCGGUGCGUAAAGCUGAGCUGCAGGAGGCGGAGCGAAAACGACGAGAACGCAAGCUUGCUCAGAGUGGAGCAAUAUCGGCACCUAUCGAUCCCAGUGCACGGCUGAAAAUUACCCCGCGAACGUUCAACUCGAACACACCGACUGGCACAAGACCUGGGACUCCUGCUGCGCCCGCCGAGAAAAACGGUGCCGGUGCAGCAGCGAUACUGAAUGCAGCGACUGCUGGAAAGGCGCCUGUGAAGGGAACGAGUUCAUUUGAAGCAUCUUUGAUUGACAGCGUGGAGAUCGACUUGGGCGAUUUCUAG